GAGACAGCUUCCUAGUUGUAAACUGCUUGAGAGCACUGACAGCCAGUCAACUUCGAAAGCAGCCAGGAGAAACUUUCUUGCUAACUUUGGGAAGGAAUUCAGAAAUGCUGCAAGGUGCAGAUGAUAUUGUUAUGGAGCAGGAAGACUCUGCUUCCCGACAUGGAGAAAGGACAAGUUGGGACAUCAAUGACAUCAAACUUCCCCAGGAUGUGAGGCAGAUAGACUGGUUUCAAGAAUGGCCAGAUUCCUACGUAAAGCAUAUCUAUAGCUCAGAGGAUAAAAAUGCUCAGAGGCACCACAGCAGCUGGGCAAUGAGAAACACCAACAACCACAACUCUCGCAUCUUAAAGAAGUCCUGCCUCGGCGUGGUGGUCUGCGGCAACGACUGCUUGACCUUGGAUGGGAGGAAGAUCUACCUAAGACCAGCUAUAUGUGAUAAAGCUAGGCAAAAACAACAGCGGAAAUGCUGUCCAAACUGCAAUGGGCCCCUGCGGCUCCUUUCCUGCCGAGGCCACGGUGGUUACCCAGUUACCAAUUUCUGGAGGCAUGAAGGCCAAUUCAUAUUUUUUCAGUCCAAAGGAGCUCAUGACCAUCCACGUCCAGAAACAAAAUUAGAAGCAGAAGCAAGAAGAUCAAUCCAAAAAGCACAGAUAGCUUUUUCUCCAUCUUCUUCAAGAUUAAAAAGAAUCCAGGAGAUUGAGUCUCUGACAGAUGCAAUGCCAACGCGGGAGGUUUUGCCUUUGCUUCUUUCCAAGCCAGACGCUUACAUGCUACCUGCUCAUUUUGGAGGACAUUUAAACAAAAGAUCCCGGGAGCCGACACCGGGCAGCUGCUCUGGGCAGCCGUCACACCCAAGGGCAGCUGGGGAGGAUGGGGGCUCCGGAGAGGCACCGGCCUGGACCCCUUCCCCUCAGCACUGCGCCCACCCUGGCACCCACCAUGGCCUGCCCGUCACAAAGGGUGGCCAUGACCCCUUCAGGCCUGACGCUGGCCCUUUGGGGGAGGAAUCCUGUGAGGGGAAAUCCCCGCAGGUUUACAGGGGCAGCUGCCUCCCUCCGCCGCCCUACCCUGCGCCUCAGGGAGGCCCCUGCCCCACGUCGAGCGGGGCACAACACCACCGCCAGCUCUCGGCACCUGCGAGGGGAAGCAAAGGAGACCAGGGCGAGGGAGGGCACCGUAUGGUUCUCAACUACUGCAACGACGACACGUUUAUUAACCUGUACCCAUUACGGUGA